AGCAAAUAGAUAUCAUUUACGAACAUCCGAAAUAUAUUUAAAUGAAUAAUCUAUAGGUAAUAUAGUUACUUCAGUAUUACCUGAUACAGAUAUAAACUCUUUAUUUACAAUAAAAGAAGGAUUGGGCUUUUAAAGGAAAUCAUUUACAACUCCAGUAAAAUGUGGUGAUGUGAUUAGAUUAGAACAUGUAGUUACAUAAAAAAAUAUUCAUUCUACCUAAAAUAAAUGCCAUAUGAAUCAUCAUUAGGAGGUUAUUUCUUUCGGAACAAACGGACAUGGUGAUUAUUUUGAUAAUUUUAUGAUAUAAUGUGCAAAUAAUAUUAAGGAAGGAAGUCCAUUGGAAGGAAAAUAUUAAUUUUAUUUACAGAAUUAUUAGACUAAACAUUUCUUAGCAUGUAAUUAAAGAUAUAUGUUUAAUAGUAGGCUUUUAGCUGGAUAAAUUGAAGUCUAUGGGAUGUAAUAUAAAGAUAAUGAUGCGGUUUGGAAAAUUGUAGGAGGAUAUUUUUUCGAAAAAAAUGAAAUGGCUUUAGAAGAAAAUGAUGAAAAUGAUUAAAAUUAUGUUAAAAAAUAUGGAAAGAUAUUCGAUUAAGAAGGAUAUGAAAUUGUUUCUUAUAGAAAAAAAGAAAAUAUAUGA